CAAUUUGAGAAAACUCACAUAAAUAAAAAUUAAAAUUUUUUUCUCUUAAUAUGAACCUGGAUAAUAUUUGUAGGGCAUGCUUACUAUCAUCAACAGAAAUGUUCUCAUUAUUUUCACAAUUAGAAUCUGUAGAGAGUCAAACACAACUUGCUGAUAUGCUAAUGGCAUGUACUACUGUCCACAUAACAUCGAGUGAUGGUCUACCAGUUUUAAUGUGCCGUACAUGUGUCAUUGAUUUAUCAAAUGCAUACACAUUUAAAUUACGCUGUGAAAAAACCGAUAAUACAUUACGUCAAUAUUUAAAAGAAACAAAGUUAGAAUCAACAGUUCAAGAGAAAAAUGAGUUUAAAAUAAAAUUACAACCAAAUGAUAACGAUCAGGACAAUAAUCAUAUUGAAAUAAUUGAAGAAGAAGAAGAAAAUAAUUGUACAAUGUGUAAUAAGUGUAAUAUAACUUUUUGUACCCCUGAAUUAUUAGUUGAACAUUUAAUUGAAUGUGAUUCUAACGACAAAGAUGAUUUAAAAUUAGAAGUAUUGGAAAUUGAAUAUAGUAAUAAUGAAUUAAAAUCAGAAACUGUUGAAUAUAUUGAACAAACCACACAAGUUGAGGACGAAGAAGUAGAUAUUAAAACAAUUUAUGACGAUUCAAAUGAUUAUUCAAAUUUUGGAGAAGAAGAUGACGAAGUUAUUGAUUCAACCGAUUGUCAAGAACAAGAGUUAUUAUUGAAAAAACAUUAUAUUAAAUCUGGUGACCGAUAUAUUUGUGUUGAAUGUAAAGCAUCGUUAUCAACAAUCGGUAAUUUACAUCGGCAUAUAAAUAUUCAUAUGAAAAAAUCACGAAAAGUUUGUUCGAUAUGUUCGAAGACAUUUGCACGUGCCGAUACUUUAACAGAACACAUGAAACGUCAUGAAAAUACUAAACCAUUUGAAUGUGAAGUGUGUAAAAAAUCGUAUUCAACCAAGGGGGCAUUAACAACGCAUAUGUAUACACAUAAUCGUUUAGAGGGUAAAAUACCUAAAGAACGGUUGCAUGAAUGUUCGUAUUGUAAAAAAUGUUUUAUGUCAAAUUCUAGUCUAGUCAUUCAUAUACGUACCCAUACAAAGGAAAAACCAUUUUUAUGCCAAACAUGUGGUAAAGGUUUUGCAACUCGUGGUGGUGUUGAUUUACAUCAACGUCGCCAUACUGGUGAACGUCCUUUUAAAUGUGAAUUUUGUGGUCGAGGCUUUGCUGAAAGUAGUAAUUUAAAAGUACAUAUUCGUGCACAUACUGGUGAUCGACCACAUUUAUGUAGUUUAUGUGGUAAACGAUUUACACGAAUGUUUUUAUUGCAGUUACACAUACGAACACACACAGGAGAAAAGCCGUAUGCAUGUCCGGACUGUCCAAAAGCAUUCGCGCAACAAGGUGAUUUAGCUGCCCACAAACGUACACACACUGGUCAACGACCGCAUCGUUGUUUAUUAUGUGAUCAAGGUUUUAUAAAGAGUAGUGGCCUUAAAAAACACAUACAAAGUAAACACGCUAAUGAAAAUAUUAAAAUUGAACCUCAGCAAACAAAAAAAACCUUAUUACAACAACAGCAAGAGAAGAAUAUACAAGAAGUAGUUGAAGAUACAUCAAAAUGAAGAAGAAAAUAGUAGUAAGAUAAAAAAAAUUUAUCUCCAAUAUAAACAUGCCAUGGAGGGAGGGUGUGAUCCUUACUGGUCAGACUUAUAACUUUCUGAUUAAGUAAAUUACUGUACUCGCUGAUAAAUUAACGUAAAAUUUAUUUUUUACGUCUUUGCUUAUGAUAAAUGUGUCAACUUAUUGAGUCUCCAUCAGAUAUUAUUUUUAAUUCUCCAUCAGAUAUUAUUUUUAAAAGAAUUCAAAACAGUGGUAGACAAAAUUAUACCUACCUAUACACAUGGUAGGCAUGCCAAUUUGUUACUUUCCAAGGUUUUCAAGUUCGUAAAUUUUAGCAAAGUUUGCCGUUUGUAUUUGUCAAAAAAUCGGUAGAGCAUCUAGGGUGUGUUAAAGAGGAAAGUUUUUUUUUUGUUUGGGUGUUUGUAAUAAAACACACUACUGGACCGAUUUUAGAAAUAAUUUCACCAAUAUAAAGCUACAAUAUCAGCGAGUAAAAUUAACUUCCGUACCCAGCUAUCAAAACCCAUGAAAUUAUGAACAAGGUGGGGGGAUAAAUGAGAAAUAGGGAGGUGUUUUAAAGUUGUAAUUGUCCAUCGAAGCGGGUUUUUUGUUUAUAAAUAUGGAUGCUAUAUUACCAAUUAUACGCAAAAUUAAAUACAUUUUAAUUAAAAAUAAAUUAGA